AUGGAGCUCACGCCUUUGCUCGCCGUCGUGCUCUUCCUCCCGCCGCCACUCGCGGUGGCGCACAUGGCAUGGACGGCCGCCUCCCGCCGCCGCGGCAUGCGGUGCUACCUCCUGGACUACGUCUGCUACAAGCCGGCGGAUGACCUCACGCUGACGACGGAGCUGGCAUGCGCGAUUGUCCAGCGCAACGAGCGGCUUGGGAUACCGGAGUUUCGCUUCCUCGUCCGCCUCAUCUCCCGCACGGGACUCGGCGACCGGACCUACGCGCCGCGGAACCUCCUCGACGGCCGCGAGGAGCUCGCCGCCCAGAGGGAUUCGGUCGACGAGAUGGACGCCUGCUUCGACGGCGCCGUCCCGGAGCUCCUCGCCAGGACGGGGCUCCGGGCCCGCGACGUCGACGUGCUCGUCGUCAACGUCAAUGGCUUCUUCCCGGAGCCCUGCCUCGCGUCCAGGGUGGUGCGCCGGUACGGCAUGCGCGAGGACGUCGCGGCGUACAACCUCUCCGGGAUGGGGUGCAGCGCCACGCUGGUCGCGGUGGACGUCGGCCGGAACGCCAUGCGCGCUCGGUCGCCGCGGCCCGUGGUGGCGCUGGUGGUAUCGACGGAGUCGCUGGCGCCGCACUGGUACGCCGGGAAGGAGAGGACCAUGAUGCUGGCACAGUGCCUGUUCCGGUGCGGCGGGGCAGCCGUGCUGCUCAGCAACGACCCGGCCCACCGCGGCCGCGCCAAGAUGGAGCUCCGCCGCCUUGUGCGCUCCACCACCGCGGCCAGCGACGACGCCUACUCCUGCAUCAUGCAGCGCGAGGACGACGAUGGCCUCCGCGGGGUCAGCAUCAGCAAGGCCCUCCCCAAGGCCGCGCUCCGCGCGUUCGCCGCCAACCUGCAGCGCCUCCUGCCGCGCGUCCUCCCGGCCAUGGAAAUCGCCCGGCUCGCCGCCGACCUGGCAUGGCAGAAUCUGUUGCAGCGCCGCCGCCACCGAGGGCAGACCAAGCUGAAGAUCAACCUCAAGGCAGGGGUGGACCACAUCUGCCUCCACGCCGGCGGGGUGGCGGUGAUCGACGCGGUGAAGAAGAGUUUCGGGCUGGAGGAGCGAGACGUCGAGCCGUUGAGGAUGACGUUGCACAGGUGGGGGAACACGUCGGCGAGCAGCGUGUGGUACGUGCUGUCGUACAUGGAGGCGAAGGGGAGGUUGAGGCGAGGCGACAAGGUGCUGAUGGUGACGUUCGGGUCGGGGUUCAAGUGCAACAGCUGCGUGUGGGAGGUGGCCGGCGACAUGGCCGACAAGGGCGCGUGGGCCGACUGCAUCGACGCGUACCCACCGGAGAGCAAGCCCAGCCCGUUCUUGGAGAAGUUCGCUUGGAUCAACGACGAAGCAGCCGAUGAAUCCUCCUCGCCGUUCUAGAGGACGUGAGACGCAUUAAUUGGCAGUAGGAGUAAAGCGCAACCCGCCUCGAGUAUAGUUUCGCUAUAAAAGCUCACAAACAAUAUAUUCCAAGAUAAUAAGGGUGUGUUUAGAUCACACCAAACUUCCCCCAAACUCUAAACUUUUCAUCACAUCAAAAACUUUUCUACUCACAUAAACUCCCAACUUUUUUUCCAAACUACCAACUUUCUCCAAACUUAUCCCUAAACUUCGGAACUAAACACAGCCUAACUUGGAGAAGCAAGCUUUGCCCAAAAAGCCAGCUUGCAGGGGAAGCAAUUUUACAGUGGAAAC